UGCGUUUGUUUGUGUGCUCCCUCAGCAGCAGGUCGACUGAGAUCUGUGCAGAUCUGUUCAAGCUGACUAUGUUUGGAGAUCCCUAUCGGGACCGGGAAGACACCAACACGCGCUUCUUCCGCAAUGUGCAAUGCAUCCUGCAGGUGCGCCGCUGCUCACUUGAUGUGCGCAGUACACACAUGGAUGGAUGGAUGGAUGGAUGGAUGGAUGGAUGGAUGGAUGGAUGGAUGGAUGGAUGGCUGCAGUUCCUGCGCGACAAUGGGCUUGAGGCGUCACUGACAUCCGUGGCCAGCGAGACGGGUGUGGAGUACAUCGAUGGCUACCUACCUGGAGGAGCACUCGACUGUGCCCUCGGUGAGGAGUGAGUAAUUCCAGCAAAGGAGGAAGUCGAGGCAUGCAGGCCGAUUUGCCGGUGUCUGCCGUGUGUGUGCAGAUCUGUAUGAGGAUUAUCGUGUCAAGCAGGUCGCCCACUCGAGUGACGGGGCCGAUCCAUCCGACUUGCAGGUGGUACUCCCCGACCACACAGGGCACAUCUGCCGCAGCCAACUGCUGACCGUCGACCCUCCGCACCCAAAGAACGUGCUGACCAUCCGCUUUCUGCCCCCCUCCCCCUCCCUCUCCCAGCAUCAGACGUUCAUCGCCACAGGGGCAGCCGACAGCGUACUGCGGAUCAUCCGGCUGAAGCUGGAUGACAGCAGCGGUGCCAGCGAGGUGGUGGCGGCGUAUGAAGGGAUGCGGUCGCCCAUCCUCACCAUCGACUUCGACAAGUCGAGCGGCGGUGGGCUCCUGCUGCUGCUCGGGGGGAUGGCAGGCAACGUGCAGCUGGUGAGGUGGGAGGAGGGGAGAGCGAUGGAGCUGCUGCAUGAGUAUCAGCAUCACGCGACCGGCAAGCCCGUCCUGUGCGCCCGGUUCUCCCCCGACGGCCGCUACAUCGUCACCGCAUCCAAGGACCGCACUCUCGCCCUACUCGAGCGGGCAAACGACGCCGAAGCAGAGUCCAGCGGCGGGGGGCGGUUCGUGCAGCGGGCGGCUUUCACCUUUACGGGAGAGGUGCUCGCCAUCGAGUGGGUGGGUGUUGACGAGUGCGUUGCCAGCGUGCGAGGCAGCUACGAGCUGCAUUAUUUCAGCGCCAGCCAGCGGAAGGAGACGAUGCGGACGACCCUCAACGCCAUGCGCGAUGAUGUGGUGAGCUUCGCUGUGCUGGACCUCAAGGCGAGUGCCGACGGGACGAAGCUGCUGGCCUGCACCGACAAGUCGCGACUGAUCCUCUUCGCCACCAAAUCGAGCAUGCAGGUAAAGGACAGACUGACUGACGGAGAGGAAAGAACGGAGGGAGAAGUGACUGACAUGUGACCAGAACAAGGGUCUAUGAUGCGGUGCGUGCGAUGUGUGUGUUUGCUGCUGAUCGAUCCAUUUGGCAUCCAUCAUCAUCAGCUGGGCAACUACUACGGGUUUGAGUGCGACGACUAUUCAUUGCCGGUGUGUGCCUUCUCCCUCGACGGCAAGUCGGUCUACGCCACCUCCACGGGGGCACACUCGACCAAAACCAAACUGCAGGUCAGUCAGGGGCACACAACACACAACACACACGCUUACGCUUACACGCGACAGACAGGCUGCACACCAAUGACCUCUGUGUGUGUGUCGGUGAGUGCUGUUGUAGGCGCCUGAGGUGGUGUGCUGGGACAUAGCGACGCAGCGCCUCGUGCACCGUUUGCGUGGGCACAAGGCGACAAUCCGCACCCUGGCGCGGCACCCCACUCGAGAGCUGAUUGCCACGGGGGGAUUCGACAAACAGGUCAUUCUCUACUCGUAGAUAUUGGUUCUGGCGAUGGCUGUUGCGGAUAGCAGACAGACAGACACGUUUUACAUCAAUGUGUGGUUCUGCUUUCCCAUUUCGGCAUUUUGACGUCACGAAG